GUGAGCGCCGCCACCAUGGCGGACGGGGCGCCCCGGCCCCCCCUCUAUCGCAGCGUCUCGUUCAAGCUGCUGGAGCGCUGGAGCGGCGGGCCGGGGCCGAAGGAGGAGGCCACGGACACCCCCGGGCUGCGGCGCCGCGCCUCGUGCCGGCCGGCCGCGGCCGCCCCGGGCCAGCCCUCCCGGCGCGUGUCCAAGCUGGCGUCGGGGCCCCCGGGCGCCCCCGCGCAGCCGCGCCCGUUGCGCAGCCUCUCGCCGUCGGUGCGCCAGCUCUCCCGGCGCUUCGACGCGCGGCGUCCGGACGGCGACCCCGCCGGGGCCCGGGACGGGGGCGUCUCCCCCGCGGCCGCGGAAGAAGCCGCCGAGGGCGCGGCGCGCGGGGCCUGGCCCAGCGUCACCGAGAUGCGCAAGCUGUUCGGGGGCCCCGGCUCCAGGCGCCCUAGUGCCGACUCCGAGGCCGCGGGGACGCCCUGCCCUGACGGGGCCGCUUGGGAGCCCCUGGCUCGGGAGCCCCGACAGCCACCGACGCCACCUCCCCGGACGUGCUUCCCCCUGGCCGGGCUGCGCUCGGCGCGGCCACUGCCCGGCCCCGGGGCCGAAGCGAAGAGGUGGCGGCAGCAGCAGCCGGAGCGGGCGCAGCGUCCGGCGGAUGGUUUACAUUCUUGGCAUAGCUUCUCCCAACCGCAGCCCGGGGCCCGGGCCUCCUGCUCCUCCUCCUCCAGCAUCGCCUCCUCCUAUCCUGUCAGCCGCAACCGGGCUGCCAGCUCCAGCGAGGAGGAAGAGGAGGGCCCGCAGCCUCCGACUCGGGCGCAGACCUCGGCCUACCGCGGCAGCCACUCCUCGGGCAGUGACGAGGACCACGACGGUGAGGGAGGCCGCCCCUGGGGAGGGGGCCUGGGGCCCGGGCCUGGAAGCGCCCCCUUGGAUCAGGACUGUAGGCCGGACAAUUAUGGGUUAAAUCUGGGCAGCAUGGACUCGGCAGGGGGAGCCAGGACCCCGGAUCCCCCAACGUCUCCAAGAGCCCCUAGUGAGGAAGGACCUCGAAAUUGGGGUACUGGCUCGCCUCCCUUUGUACCAGGUCCCCAGGAGGGACUUCGGCCCUUGUCUGACUCAGUGGGGGGAGCUUUCCGGGUGGCCAAGGUGAGCUUUCCUGCAUACCUGGCAAGCCCAUCAGGCUCCCGUGGUGGCAGCCGUUAUUCCAGCACCGAGACCCUCAAGGAUGAGGACCUGUGGGCUAGCCGAGCUUCUGGGGGCUGGGGUGUCUAUCGUUCCCCUAGCUUUGGAACUGGGGAAGGACUCCUCUUAAGGCCACAGGUUCGGACUCGCAGCAAGGGACCCUCGGGCACCACCAGAGCGUUGCGAAAUGUAGGACUGGAGUUGGACAAGAGUAGGAAACGCAAGUCCCUGUCGAAUCCAGAUAUUGCCUCAGAGACCCUUACACUGCUCAGUUUCCUGCGCUCAGACCUUUCAGAGCUGAGGGUCCGAAAGAUUGGUGGGCGUUCCGGGGACCCUGCGAGUGGCUCCUUAGAUGGCAGAGACUCACCAUCAGCAGCUGGCCAAGUGGGGCAACUUGGGCCCAUGCCUGCCCCAGCUCCAGCAUCCCCUGGCACCCGCCCCACACUCAAGGACUUGACAGCCACCCUGCGGAGGGCAAAGUCCUUUACUUGCUCUGAGAAGCCCCUGGUCCGCCGCCUACCCCGCACCAGUGUCCUGAAGCCCAGCAAUUCUGAGCUCCUGCUGGCAGGCCCAGGUGCCGAGGAGGACCCACUGCCUCAUGUUGUCCAGGAUCAGUAUGUGCAAGAAGCCCGUCAGGUGUUUGAGAAGAUCCAGCGCAUGGGCGCCCAGCAGGAUGAUGGCAGCGAUGUUCCCUCUGGAAACCUUGAUUGGCCUGGAGAGGUGACCCAGGGGCAACGGUCCCAGGAGGAGCUCUCUGGCCAGGAGUCCAGCCUUACGGAUGAGGGCAUUGGGGCGGACCCUGAGCCUCCUGUUUCAGUCAUUUGCAGCCUGGGUACCACAGGGGUGUGGCGACCCCUUUCCUCAUCCUCAGCUCAGACAAACCACCAUGGCCCUGGGGCUGAAGACACUCUGGGUGGGUGGGCCCUGGUGUCUCCUGACACUCCUUCCACACCAGGUGCCCUCCGCCGAAGACGUAAAGCUCCACCUUCAGGUCCUGGUGGGACUGAACUGAGCAACGGGGAGGCAGGUGAAGCCUACAGGUCUCUGAGUGACCCAAUUCCCCAGCGCCAUCGUGCUGCUACCUCUGAGGAGCCCUCUGGGUUCUCUGUGGAUAGCAACCUCUUGGGCUCACUGAGCCCCAAGACAGGACUUCCAGCAGCCACAGCUGUGGAUGAGGGUUUGACCAGUGGCCACAGCGACUGGUCCGUGGGCAGUGAGGAGAGCAAGGGUUACCAGGAGGUUAUUCAGAGCAUUGUUCAGGGGCCUGGUGCCUUGGGCAGAGUGGUGGACGACAGGGUUGCUGGCAAAGCCCCAAAGAAGAAAUCUCUGAGUGACCCCAGCCGCCGUGGGGAGCUUGCUGGGCCAGGAUUCGAGGGCCCAGGAGGGGAGCCCAUCCGAGAGGUGGAACCCAUGCUACCUCCAUCCAGCAGUGAACCCAUCCUUGCAGAGCGGCAGGCAGAGCCGGAAGAACCCAGUCCCUCCAGGGGCCGGGCACAGUCUGAGAAGACCCUCCCCGAGGCCCCACCGCCUUCCUCCACUGCCCGCCAAGACUUCCACCUUGACCCUAAACUGACUGACAUUCUGUCCCCGAGGCUCAUCCGCCGUGGCUCCAAGAAGCGCCCAGCCCGGAGCAGUCAUCAGGAGCUACAGAGAGUGAAGGGCAAUCAGGACCAGUCUGGGAGCCUCUCUCAUGCCCGGCCCUCCUCCAAACACGUUCGCCAUGCCAGUGUGCCCGCCACCUUCAUGCCUAUUGUGGUACCUGAGCCACCAACUUCCCUUGGCCCCCCUGUGGCUGUGCCGGAACCCAUGGGCUUCCCUGCCAGAGCCCAUUCCAUGUUGCAGGCACCGUCACUUGAGGACGUCACUAAGCAGUACAUGCUGACCCUACACUCUGGCGAGGUCCCUACCCCAGUGCCAGUGGAUGUGCCCUCUUUGACUCCAGUUGCACCACCCUCUUCUGAAGCCAAGCCUCCUGAGGCAGCCCGCGCUCCAGAUGAGCCUGCUCCAGCCAGCAAAUGCUGCAGCAAGCCACAAGUGGACAUGCGGAAGCAUGUGACCAUGACCCUGCUGGACACAGAGCAGUCGUAUGUGGAGUCACUGCGCACCCUGAUGCAGGGCUACAUGCAACCAUUGAAGCAGCCAGAGAACUCCUUGCUGUGUGACCCAUCACUGGUGGAUGAGAUCUUUGACCAGAUCCCUGAGCUUCUGGAGCACCACGAGCAGUUCCUGGAGCAGGUGCGACACUGCGUGCAGACGUGGCAUGCCCAGCAGAAGGUGGGAGACCUGCUUGUCCAGUCGUUUUCCAAGGACGUCCUGGUCAAUAUCUAUUCAGCCUAUAUCGAUAACUUUCUCAACGCAAAGGAUGCCGUGCGUGUGGCUAAGGAGGCGAAGCCAGCCUUUCUCAAGUUCCUGGAGCAAAGCAUGCGUGAGAAUAAGGAGAAGCAGGCACUGUCCGACCUCAUGAUCAAGCCCGUGCAGCGGAUCCCACGCUAUGAGCUUCUGGUGAAGGAUCUCCUGAAGCACACACCUGAGGACCACCCAGACCACCCACUCCUGCUGGAUGCACAGCGGAACAUCAAGCAGGUGGCUGAACGUAUCAACAAGGGCGUCCGGAGUGCCGAGGAAGCAGAACGGCAUGCCCGUGUGCUGCAGGAAAUCGAAGCUCACAUCGAGGGCAUGGAGGAUCUCCAGGCCCCUCUGCGGCGGUUCCUCAGGCAGGAGAUGGUCAUUGAAGUGAAGGCAGUUGGCGGCAAAAAGGACCGGUCUCUCUUCCUGUUCACCGACCUCAUCAUCUGCACCACCCUGAAGAGGAAGUCAGGCUCCCUGCGGCGCAGCUCUAUGAGCCUGUACACGGCAGCCAGCGUCAUUGACACGGCCAGCAAGUACAAGCUACUGUGGAAGCUGCCCCUGGAAGAUGCAGACAUCAUCAAAGGGGCAUCCCAAGCUACUAAUCGGGAGAACAUCCAGAAGGCCAUCAGCCGCCUGGACGAGGACCUGUCCACCCUGGGGCAAAUGAGCAAACUCUCUGAGAGCCUCGGUUUCCCCCACCAGAGUCUGGACGAUGCACUUCGGGACCUCUCAGCUGCCAUGCACCGGGACCUGUCAGAGAAGCAGGCGCUGUGCUAUGCACUUUCCUUCCCCCCUACCAAGCUGGAGCUAUGUACCACAAGACCCGAGGGCACGGACUCCUUCAUCUUCGAGUUCCCCCACCCUGAUGCCCGCCUUGGCUUCGAGCAGGCCUUUGAUGAGGCCAAGAGGAAGCUGGCAUCCAGCAAAAGUUGUCUAGACCCUGAGUUCCUGAAGGCCAUCCCCAUAAUGAAAACUCGCAGCGGCAUGCAGUUCUCAUGCGCAGCCCCCACCCUGAGCAGCUACCCGGAGCCCACGCCAGAGGUGUGGGUGUGCAACAGCGAUGGCUACGUGGGCCAGGUGUGCCUGCUGAGCCUGCGUGCCGAGCCCGACGUGGAGGCCUGCAUCGCCGUCUGCUCAGCUCGCAUCCUCUGCAUCGGGGCAGUGCCCGGCCUGCAGCGCCGCUGCCACCGCGAGCAGCCUUCAUCACUGAGCAAUCCCACGGACAUGGCGCCUGAGUCCGCUGGGCCCGAACUGGACGUUGAAGCCGCAGACGAAGCAGCGACGCUGGCAGAGCGGGGGCCUCAGCCCUGCCUGCACAUCUCCAUUGCAGGCUCAGGCCUGGAGAUGGCAACAAGUCUCUCCGAGGGUGACCCCCGUCCAGAAUUGGUGCCCUUUGACAGUGACUCUGACGAUGAGUCUUCACCAAGCCCCUCUGGGACCCUGCAGAGCCAGGCCAGCCGUUCCACCAUCUCCUCCAGCUUUGGCAAUGAGGAGACCCCAAGCUCCAAGGAGGCCACAGCGGAGACAACCAGUUCAGAGGAGGAGCAGGAGCCUGGCUUUCUGCCACUGUCCGGCUCCUUUGGGCCUGGAGGUCCCUGUGGCACCAGCCCAAUGGAUGGGAGAGCCCUUCGCCGCUCCAGCCGUGGUUCCUUCACCCAGGGCAGCCUCGAGGACCUGCUGAGUGUUGACCAUGAGGCCUACCAGAGCUCCGUGUGGCUGGGCACUGAGGACGGCUGUGUCCACGUGUACCAGUCCUCUGACAGCAUCCGUGAUCGCAGGAACAGCAUGAAGCUCCAGCACUCGGCCUCUGUGACCUGCAUUCUGUAUCUGAAUAACCAGGUGUUUGUGUCUCUGGCCAAUGGAGAACUUGUGGUUUACCAAAGAGAAGCAGGCCGUUUCUGGGACCCCCAGAACUUCAAAUCAGUGACCCUGGGUGCUCAGGGGAGUCCCAUCACCAAGAUGGUGUCUGUGGGCGGGCGGUUGUGGUGUGGCUGCCAGAACCGAGUCCUUGUCCUGAGCCCUGACACACUGCAGCUGGAGCACACGUUCUAUGUGGGGCAGGAUUCCAGCCGCAAUGUGGCUUGCAUGGUGGACUCCAGCCUGGGUGUAUGGGUGACCCUGAAAGGGAGUGCCCACGUAUGUCUCUAUCACCCAGAGACUUUCGAGCAGCUGGCAGAGGUAGACGUCACACCUCCUGUGCACAGGAUGCUGGCAGGCUCGGAUGCCAUCAUCCGGCAGCACAAGGCUGCCUGCCUGAGGAUCACAGCGCUGCUGGUGUGUGGGGAGCUGCUGUGGGUGGGCACCAGCGCCGGUGUUGUGCUCACCAUGCCCACCUCACCCAGUACAGUCAGCUGCCCACGGGCACCCCUCAACCCUGCUGGUCUAGGCCAGGGACACACUGGCCAUGUUCGCUUCCUGGCUGCAGUCCAGCUGCCAGAUGGUUUCAACCUGCUCUGCCCAACCCCACCACCUCCCCAAGACACAGGCCCUGAGAAGCUGCCAUCACUGGACCACCGGGACUCCCCUCGGCAUAGAGGUCCUGCCUCUGCCAGGCCUAAAAUGCUCGUCAUCAGUGGAGGUGACGGCUACGAGGACUUCCGACUCAGCAGCGGGGGCGGAGGCAGCAGUGAGACUGUGGGCCGAGACGACAGCACAAACCACCUCCUCUUAUGGAGGGUGUGACCCUGUCCACUGUGACCCAGGAUGCACCCACCCCCUGCCCUCAGCCUGCUUGCCUCUUCUUAGCCCACGUACAGACUCUGACCAGGAAUGUCUGACCAGGGGCUCCCUCUCAGCCUCUCAGAAGCAUUCCCGACGGACACCUGCUGGCCAGCUGGGCCCAGCCUUUCCUGACCCUCCAGCUGCUCUGUGUGCCCCGUCGUGAUGGGGGUAGGGAAGAAGGGCAUGUGGGCUGCCCAGGACCUCUGUCCCUGGAGCUUCUACCAAAGACACGGCCGGGCCUGGACCCCACUGGGCUGGGGAGGGCCAUGUGCAAUAUUUGGAGGGUUUUCUGGGGGCAAUGGGAGGACUGGGGAGACGAAAUCCUUUCCCAUGUACAGUAUUUAUGUUCCUUUCUAGAUGUGUACCUUCCCGAGCACUUAUUUAUGCAAUGACCUGGGACAGCAGGUGACUUGAUAAAAUGACAGAAGAAAAAAAUCCUAUCCCUGCCCUGGGAGCCACCCUGGGACCCUAACCAAGCCUUCUGGAGGGAUCAGUCCCCCUCGUUACAGAUGUGCACUCACAUUGCAUGUUCAGGGCACUAAACAGCCUCUUAACACUUCCCACUGCCUUGUCCUGACUGGACCGCCCUCCACUCUCCAGAGCCAAGGACCAAGUCCCCCAGUCAUCCAGGACAAGUUGAUGAUUAUUGGGGGGCAUUGACUCCCUUCUGGCAGACCUUGGCAUUUCCUAGCUUGUAAGCAGUGCCUUCAGCAGUUUCUUGAUUUGGGAACACUGAUGGGACCAUGGACAAGGCUCUCUCCUGGCCUAAGGAGGAAAGAGAAAAGGCCCCUGCUCUCCUGGCACUCACCCCCCCAGCACCCCCCUCCGUGUCUCAUGCACUGGCACAUAUGGUCACCAUGGGAGGGGGCACUGAGGUGCCCCUUCACUCUGACCACUGACUCCCUGUCUUCGCACCCUCUCCUGCCAAGGCAGCCUCACUAGGAAGGACACCCAAAGCCGAGGGGCCAGGCGUGGCCUCUUCACUUGGAAGGCUCUACUUUAGGGCAGCCUACUCCCAAGCCCUUGCUUCUUCAGCUGCAACUCCAAAGGUCUGGUUUCAGGUGGGGUUUGUUUUAUUCUGUUUGGUUCUGUUUUUGUUUGGGGUGGGUGGGUCAUUGCGGUCUUAGAUUAUGUUCCUCUUGCUACCAAACAGUCAUGUAUAACUUUUGUUGGAUGAUGAAGUUUAAAGAGUCAAUAAAUAGAAACUGUAAACUUGUCUUUAGAAGCCACUGUGGCCUCCUGCCUAAUCUUAGGGCUCCCCAGCUUCUUAGGCCUCUGCCACCCUCUCCCCUGGGCAGAAGCUUGGCCUUAGAGACCCUGUAGCAUGCUGGGAUGGGGAGCUGCCACUGACUUGCUGUGUUCUCCUGGGCCGGUCUCCACCCUUGUCUGGUCUGCAGUUUCCUGCAGGGCAAGCGUGCACAGGGCAGGUUCACUGAAUCUGCAGAUUCAGGCAGGCAGAUAAAUACGGAGUCCUCAAUAGGAUUUUACAGUCCUUUUAAUGCUGAAUCAGGUACACAGGGCAUACCAUGCAGGGAAGCUAGCAUGCAAGGAGGCAGGCCCAAGGGGGGCCUGGGCAGGGGCCCUGUCUAUCUCCCAGGCCCCACAAAUCUCCAUACUCUGAGUUCUCCUGUCGCAAUCUCCUUUGUUCUGUAGUAUAUGUCUCUGUCUACCUUGUCCUCGAGCGGCCUUCGUCUCUAGGCCCAGGUGUGUGCCCUUACAUAAUUGCAUGCCCUAUGCUUAUUGGGCCCAGGUGUCCACGCUCCCAAACGCCUCUGCAGUAACAUGAUCAAGGCUGCUGGUGGUAGCAUAGAGACUAGCGUAAAAAAGACUGAAUUUUUACUCAUUUAUCCUACAUUCCUCAUAAGAACAGCAGGGUUGUACUAGUCCUGUUUUGUAACCAGAGCUAUGCAUUCAAAUCCUUUACAGCUUUCCUAUGUAAAUAUAGAACAUAACACAAAUUAUGUGUGUUUAAGUACACAUUCCCAGGCUCCCUUCAGUUUCUGAGUCAGUGAGUCUGGGAUGGAGCUUGGGAAUCUGACAUGAGCUGCAAGUAAAACACUAGGCAACCAGUGAGCGAGACUGCAGCUCCCAGGAAGCAGUGUUCCCCAGCUAAGCCUCAUAAGAGACUUGAGAAUCUGACACAGGCCAAGGUAAGAUCAGGCUUUGGAGCCGGGAUAGAAUCCAAGUCUGCUAAUUGCUGGUUCAAAAAGGAGUGUCAUUAAAUCAGACAAGAAUGCAAAAGCCGGGCCUCCCCGGUGGCGCAGCGGUUGAGCGCUGGGUUGCAAAGCUGCCUGUAGCCUCUGCAGCGCCGGUUCGAUCCCCGCUGUUCCCGGCCACCGGAGGAGUGUCCCACAUGGCGUGCAGACCUCUCCUGCUGCCCGCUGCUCCCCUCAGCAGUGUACUUCGUCACUCUGCCUGUUCUGCUCCCCACUCUGGCUUUGGUGAAUUCUCUCACCCUCCCGUGCUUCUGACUGUACCCAGUGCUUGUAUAAAUAAAUAAAUAAAUCUUAAAAAAACAAAAAAAUGCAAAAGCCUUAAAACCCAGGCCAGAGCUCUUCCCACCCAACAUCCACCUGCAGGACCCAAGAUGCUGAGCUAAAUAGUAGAGAAGGACAGACAGGCCUCAGCUCAGCUGAACACAUUUGAAUAUUCUGCAACCUAAAUGAUUAAGACUUGACUAAAAUCAGUUGCUAAAGUUUUGCUUUGCAAACUGGCAUGCACAUCUCAGGGGUCAGCUGGGCCCACGGUGCCACAGGACGUGCAUGGAACAUCUCCCUACAGCAUUUUACUUGCACCUGAGAAGGAAGAUUUACAUAUCAGAGUAAAGGCAACAUGCAUGUGGAAUUUAUGAAACAAAGCAUAAGGAGGAAUACAAGUUUUCUUCAAGGAACACUCCUUGAAGCUGAGCAGAAAUCUUGAUUUUGCUACUAACUAGCUAUGUGACUUUGGGUUUCAGCCUCUCCAUCUGCAAAAUAGGCCUGAUAACACCCCCUUCCUGCCCUUUCAAGGACUGUUGCCUGGUAUGCACAGAUCUGAAUCACAAAGUAGAGAUCCUUCCACCUGGAGAUAGAGGGGGCUAGUUAGUGGAGGCAUGAACUGGCAACAACUUCAAGACCCAGGCAUUGGAGCCGCAUCUCAGGACCUCUGACCUCUCCACCCUGAGGCUCUACAUCAUCCUUUGCUGCUUCACAGCUUCUACUACCUGGGCACUUUAACACAGGGCCCUGGACAGACUUCAGUUCAGCACUGAACUAGGUCCUCACCAUUCCCCAGCCCAAAUAGGAAUGGCCUGACCCAGCCCACUGUUACUUGAAAGGAGCUCCCAGGGCACUGUCAGCCUGGGACAGGCACUCAGCCCCAGAGCCAGUCGGCUGUGGGCAGGGCAGUCCUGCAUGAGGGCUGUCCAGCCCCAGGCCCAGGUGAGAGUCCUACAAGUACUCACUCCUCUAAAGUGUGAUUCGCAACUUGGCUGCGCAUUAUAAUCACCUGAAGGGCCCAGGCCAUGUUCCAGACCAAUUAAAUCAGAAAUGAGUGUGAGACCCAGGUAUUGGUAUUUUCUAAGGAGAAA